ACGUUGUCUCACCUUAUAAACGUACUCACUAUAAAAAGGUACAUACCCGUCCACCUCGCAUAUCAGUCUGUGAACGUCAACCAGAGAUAUACAAAAUGGUCUCCGAAUUCAGAAGGAAGAAGUUCCAACACGUGUUCACUGUGUUCUUCGACACCAACAAAAGCGGGAACAUCGACAAAAAGGAUUUCGAAUUGGCUAUUGCGAAUAUAACGAAGCUAAGAGGAUGGAAUGCUGGUGACGCCAAAUACAAUGAAGUUAGGGACACACUGUUGAAAAUAUGGGACGGAUUGCAAAGCAGGGCUGAUUCGAAUAAGGACGGGGAAGUGUCCUUUGACGAAUGGGUCUCCAUAUGCGACGAGUAUGCCAAGAAUCCAACAGCGGCCCCUGAGUGGCUGAGAAUAUAUUCCAAGUUCAUAUUUCAGCUGGAAGACGCUAGCAACGACGGGUCAAUCGACAGCGAAGAAUUUUCCUCGGUGUACGCUUCUUUUGGACUCAACAAAAACGAAGCAGUCACCGCCUUCCAGAAGAUGUCUCGAGGGAAAUCUAAUGUGUCCUGGGCUGAAUUCCAGGAGCUCUGGAAAGAGUAUUUCACUUCUGAAGAUGUGAACGCACCAGGAAAUUUUAUUUUUGGGAAGACCAGCUUUUAAAAUGAUUCGACUUCUUUGCAUAAUGAAUGUGAUUCUAAAUUGUGAUAAUUAUUUUAAUUGGCAAUAUUUGGUAAUGGCGUGAUUUUUGGACGAUACUGUGUAUACAAUAAAUGUAAUUUAUUCUACCA